AUGCGUCAUAUGCCUGAUGACGAGGACAUGGCAGCCAUCGCGCUGCGGUAUCAGCGCCUGGAGCGCAUCGGUGAAGGCACCUAUGGUGUCGUAUACCGCGCACGCGACCGACAAACGGGGCAGCUCGUUGCCUUGAAGAAAAUUCGUCUAGAGCAGGAGGAAGAGGGUGUUCCGAGUACGGCUUUACGUGAGAUUGCCAUCCUGAGGGAACUCAACCAACCGAACGUGGUGCGCCUACUUGACGUUGUACAUGGUGACGCAAAGCUGUACCUCGUCUUUGAACACCUGGAUCAAGAUCUGAAACGUUACAUGGAUACACUACCGCCGAAUACCCUAAUGAGGCCCGAGCAGGCCAAGUCAUUCCUGUACCAGCUGAUCAACGGUGUUGCGUACUUGCACGCCCGGCGUAUUCUCCAUCGCGACCUGAAGCCGCAGAAUCUACUCAUCGAUGCGGCAGGUCGCCUGAAGCUUGCGGACUUUGGCCUCGCCCGAGCGUUUGGUAUUCCAGUGCGUCACAUGACCUCGGAAGUGAUCACGCUAUGGUAUCGCGCACCGGAGAUAUUGCUGGGAUGUCGCAAUUACGCUGCCCCGGUAGACAUGUGGUCGGUUGGUUGCAUCUUUGCGGAGAUGAUGUGCAGGAAGGCGCUUUUCCCGGGGGACUCCGAAAUAGACCAGCUUUUCAAAAUCUUUCGUGCACUGGGGACCCCUAGUGAGGAAGUUUGGCCCGGAGUCAGCCAGUUGCCGGACUACAUGAGUGCGUUCCCCCGAUGGCCUGUUCGUCUGAUCCGGGAAAGCGUACUGGCACUUGGCGGCGCCUGGACCGAGGAUGCGCUCGAUCUGCUGAGCCGUCUCCUGGUUUAUGAUCCUAGCAAGCGCAUCACAGCCCGUCAGGCGCUGAUGCAUCCGUAUUUUGAAAAUAUGGACCGGGUCUACGGAGCAGUACCACCGCAGAUGUGGUUACCACAAAGCUCCGUCACUCUCUGA